GUGUGGCCGGUUCAAGGAAAGAAACAAGAACCGAAUUCUGUAGGGCUUAGGCCGUUGCCUAUGACCAAAAAUGACAGGAUACUGAAACUCCCGGUUCUCUUGCCUUAGUAAACCGGUCCAAACCCUCACCAUUCUCAAGUCAACCCGAGCUUUUGUUCUCCCGAUUUACAAUCUCAACCGGUCAUCCUUCGACUCUCUCUUUCCCUAUUAAAAUAAAAUAAAAAAAAACAAUCUUGCAAUCCCUAACUCGGUUUCUCCCAUCUUUCUAGCGAACCAACAAUUUUACAAGUAAGUCUUCAUUUUUACGCCUUUACAUUAUUCAUUUUUAUUUUAAGUAUAUAUAGAAUAGAUUGAAGGGUAUAAUGGGUUCUAACUUGGAACCGGUGGCAGUUACCUCACUAAAACAUGACCCAGCAUGGAAACAUUGUGAAAUGUAUAUGAAUGGGGAGAGGGUGCAGUUAAAGUGUAUAUAUUGUGGUAAAAUAUUUAAGGGUGGUGGAAUUCAUAGGAUUAAAGAACAUCUUGCUGGUCAGAAAGGUAAUGCAUCUACUUGUUUGAGAGUUCAACCUGAUGUUCGCCUUCUUAUGCAAGAGAGCUUAAAUGGUGUUGUAAUGAAGAAGAGAAAAAAACAAAAACUUGCUCAGGAAAUAUCAACUUAUAAUAAUAAUGGUGUAUUUACUGAUACUUGUGGCCUCCAAGUUGACUUGCUUCCAAUACCCGAAACAGAAACCUCUAAUUUGUUUUUGAAUCGAGACGAAGGAGGAGUUGGUGGUAGGAAGAAAAAAAGUAGGAUUAGAAAAGCCUCUUCCUUAGUUAAUAAUAAUAAUAAUGCUAUGGCUGUAGCGAUUAAUCAGUCGAAAAGAGUGAACAAUCAUGUGCAUAUGGCAGUAGCCAGAUUCCUUUUAGAUGCAAGGGUGCCUCUUGAUGCUGUAAAUUCCGUUUAUUUCCAACCGAUGAUUGAUGUGAUCGCUUCCCAAGGAACACAAGUUGCAGGCCCUUCUUACCAUGAUCUCAGAAGUUGGGUUCUAAAAGCUUCAGUUCAAGAUGUGAGGCAUGACAUUGAUCAAUGUUCAACCACCUGGGCAAGGACUGGUUGUUCUCUUUUGGUUGAUGAGUUUAUUACAGGGAAGGGUAAAAUAUUGGUAAACUUUUUGGUCUACUGCCCCGAAGGGACAAUGUUUUUGAGGUCUGUGGAAGCGUCUACCCUAAUUAAUUCUACAGAUUCUCUAUAUGAGUUGCUUAAGGAGGUAGUGGAGGAAGUUGGUGUGAGAAAUGUGUUGCAAGUAAUAACUAGUAAUGAGGAGCGAUACGUUAUUGCUGGGAAAAGACUCACUGAUGCUUACCCUACACUCUUUUGGACUCCUUGUGCUGCUCACUCCAUUGACUUGAUGCUCGAGGACAUAAAAAAGGUUGAGUGGAUCAGUACUAUAAUGGAACAAGCCAAGUCGAUAUCAAGAUUCAUCUACAACAAUAACGUUCACUUGAGUAUGAUGAGAAAGUUCACCUUUGGAGUUGACUUGGUUGAUUUUGGAGUUACACGCUCGGCAACCGACUUUUUGACACUAAAAAGAAUGGUAAAUAUCAAACACAAUCUGCAAUCGAUGGUUACUUCAAUGGAGUGGAUGGAGAGCCCAUAUUCAAAGAAACCAGAGGGGUUUGCCGUGCUAGAUUAUAUCAAUAAUCAGUCCUUUUGGUCUACUUGCAGCUUGAUUACCCGCUUGACAGAUCCCUUCUUGAGGCUUUUAAGGAUAGUCUGCAGUGAGGAGAGGCCUGCAAUGGCGUAUGUUUAUGCAGGGCUCUAUCGAGCAAAAGAAACAAUUAAGAAAGAGUUUGUCGAUAAGAAGGAAUACUCAGUUUAUUGGAAUAUUAUAGAUCACAGGUGGGAACCACUUGAACGACAUCCUCUUCAUGCUGCAGGGUUUUACCUCAAUCCCAAGUUUUUCUAUGCCACUGAGGAAGACGUGCACCUCCAUAUCAGAUCACUUGUAUAUGAUUGUAUAGAGAAGUUGGUUCCUGAUCCUAAAAUCCAAGACAAAAUUGUGAAAGAAACUACUUCUUACCACAACUGUGCUGGAGAUUUUGGGAGGAAAAUGGCAGUGAGAGCCAGAGACACUCUUUUUCCUGCUGAGUGGUGGUUAAAUUAUGGUGGAGGAUGCUCAAAUUUGACUCGCUUGGCCAUCCGUAUUCUCAGUCAAACAUCAAGUUUGAUCAGGUCCAAGCCAGGUCGAAUUCCUUUAGAAGAGAUGCAUGAAACAAAAAAUUGCAUCGAGCAUCAAAGACUUAAUGAUCUGGCUUUUGUUCAGUACAACCUGUGGCUGAGGCAAAGCAAUAGGAAGAACAUGGAGCCAGAUUCUAUGGACUCUAUUUCCUAUGACAAAAUGGAACUUGUCCAUGAUUGGGUUUCCAGGAGGGAACUAAGUUCGGAGGACAUGGAAAGUUCAGACUGGAUGACAGUUGACCCACCUUCGGGCAGCAUAGUUCCCUUAGGUCCAUUAAUUGAUGAUAUUGAAGCCUUAGGUGCAGGUUUUGAUGAUUUUGAAAUUUUUGGUGGGCCAAAAGAUAAUGAAGAAGAGAUUGGAGAGGAGACACUGUAAAUGAGUGAACUUUUGAUAUUGAAGAUUUUCCUUCUGUUGGAAGGAAAAUGGGAAGAUUAUGCUGAGUCAGGCAUGGUGGCUUACCUGGACUAUAGUUUUAAGCCAUAGCAAAAAGCAGUUUGAGGUUUUGGUGCUGAUGCUCAGCGGCUAUGUGCUAUUCCUGUACACAAACUUGUUUUCUUUGCGUCUUCCCUUUACUCCUGUGGCAAUCUCAUGUAGCAUGUGACAUAGACGUUUUUCUUUUCAGAUGGAAAACUGUUGCCUGUUGGAGAGGCCUUGUUUGUUGAAUGGUGUGACCAAUUGAGGAUCUGGGAUCAGUCAGAGAAGUGAUUGGUGUCUCAAAAUGCAGAGCAGUUGUAUCACUUCUGCUCUAAAGUAAUAUAUUGGGAGGGAGAAAUCUUCUUUCUGAACCUGGUUCUGUUUUUCUCUAGUUUCCUCCUGCAUUUAUUCUCGGUGACGUUCCAGGGCAUACGAGUGGAGUCUUUUCUUGCAUAUCUGGAAAUUACAUCAAAUUUUUAGAGUGUGCAAAUUGAGCCAGAAUGUUUUCCUGCUUUUCCAAAGACCGAUUGGAUUUUACAUUUAUCAUAUGCUCAUAUUUGUGAAUAUACACAAACUGCCUUUGAGGUCUCAGAUCCCAUGUUCUCUCUUUUCACUAGCUUCAGCUGUAUUCAUGGUGAAUAUCCUUUCGAGAAAUGUCAUUAUUGGUCACUUGCUUUCUUUUUC